AUGGUUAGCAAGCAUGCUUUGAUUGCCUUCUCGGUUGGCCCGAAAUACAGAGAUGAUGUGUGGUGUGACGUUGUACCUAUGGAUGCUUGGCAUUUAUUGUUGAGCAAGCCUUGGCAAUAUGAUUGGAAGAUGACACACGAUGGUUGCGGCAAGUCUUAUAGCUUCGUCUAUAGCAGCGUAAAGAUAGUGUUGGUACACAACAAACUUGUGGAAGCACCAACUGCCACCAACACCAACCUGCUAUCCUAUGCGUCAUUCGGGAGGGAGUUACAGGAUUCGAGCACUGCUUUUGUCUUCCUCGGGAAGACAAUCACCGAAGGCUUGGAAACUCUAGAAAUGCCGGAAAUCAUUCUUCCUUUACUUGACGAGUUCCAAGAAGUCUUCUCUGGAAAUUUACCACGGUGGCUUCCACCGCUGCGGGAUAUACAACAUCAGAUAGAGCUCCAGCCUGGCUCUAUCUUAACACACCGACUACACUACUGGAUGAGUCCGAGAGAGCAUGAAGAACUAAGGCAUCAAGUAGAAGAACUGUUGGCAAAGGGCAUAUCCACUAGAGCAUGA